AUGGUGGGCAAAUUGCACAAGUCCUGGCCAGGAGGACACUUAUAUUUGCUCAUGGAUGUCGAUAGAAUUACCAAGUGGAUCGAAGCAGUACCAGUAAUUUCAGAAGAUGCAACAUCAGUGGUGAACUUCAUCAAGGGGAUAGUUUUUCGGUUCGGCGUCCCCAACAGCAUAGUUACGGACAACGGCAGCAACUUCACCUCUCGAGAAUUCAAGGACUACUGCGAAGGCGUGGGCAUCAAACUGCAGUUCGCAUCAGUGGCGCACCCGCAAACAAACGGCCAAGUCAAAAAAGCCAACGGUCUCAUCUGCACUGUUCAAAAAAUCGUCUGA